AUGCGACAAAAUUGUCCACUUUGGAGGGAGCCAAGGUCGAGUCAGCCUACAAGCAACCCCCAAAUGAGGUUUGGUGGCGAGUUUAGCGGCCCUUAUUGCAGAAUCAGCCCUAAUAACAAAAAUGGCGUUCAACUGCGGGCUUCUAUGUGUUUUAAGCCAGCAAAAUCCCAGACAAAAGUAACUUACAGGCAGACGAACCAAACAACCAGGUUCUCACGAGCUUCACCAUCCAGUGCGUUUAGUCAGAAAAUCGGAGUAAAAAAGCAGCCCAUUUGGCCUUCCACAGUACACAUGAACAUGUUGGAUACUGAUGACAGUACCCGUAUCAUAACCCUUCAAAUACGUCGACUUCGUGGUAUAAGUACACAAAUGAAGCGGUUCUCUCAUUUCACAUUUCUAAUUGAAAUUUUGGGUCGGUGUGUCUCAUGUAGUGAUCAGUUCUCCAAUCUUCCCGGAUUCCAGUUUGCACUUGAGGAUUGUGAACCAUGUAAUGGCUCGGCGCGUCCAACCGUAAACUGCGUGUUUUAUGAUUUUGACGGGAUCACACCCACCGUUCAAGCCGGAUAUAUAUACAGGUGCGUUGGUCGCUAUCAUGCUGGACACAAGAUUUUCCAGUGUUUCACCAUCGAACAGUGUGACGACGACUUGAUGCGUUUGGUGGAAACCUUUCAGUUUCAUUCGGAUCGAGAAUUGUCAAAGGUCAUUCAGGCUAAGAACAGCUCAACAGAGUCUGCCGUGGGAAAGCGAGCGGUGCUAAAAGUUUCUUACACUGGUCUGACUGGUAGCUAUGCACCCAAAAUCAGCUCCCGCAAUAUAGCCAGUGUUGCGGUACAUGAUCAAUAUGCUCAGUACAAUUUUUCCUGACUUUGUAUCAUUGGAUACCUGUGUUGUUUAUACAUUCCACUCGAACUUAACGUAGUUUGCCUCCUAGAACUAAGUAAGUGUUUGAUUGUAAGUGUUUGAUUGUGGCA